AUGCAUUAAAAAAAUAAAGGAUCAAUACGUAAAGCCGCUUCCUUAAUAUUUUAGAAAUCACGAUCACCAAUCUCUUUUAAUAGCCGAUAAACAAAUAAUCAACUGAUAAUUAUUAUAAUGACGUUUUUGAUACGGGGAAUUUCAAUCGGACCAAGCAUACUUGAAUAUAUCAAGCUUGUAAAGUGAGGUGAUUACAGUGUUAUUGUGAAGUGCUGAAAUAAAAAUAUUUAAAUUUUAACAGUUAUGAGAAAGCAAUGUUGUGAUAUAGUUAUCAAGGGUAAAUACUAAUGGCUGCAAGAAAGUCAGGAUACAAAGGUAUUCCAGAUGACAGUGACCUCUCCGAUUCGGAGUUUCAGCCGCUUUAUGACGACAAUGAUGAAUUAGAUCAACGGACAGCCCAAGAAACAAAAGGUUGGAAUCUAUUCAGAGAUGUCCCUGUCAAAAAAGAGAGUGGGUCUAUGACCUCUACUGUUUGGGUUGAUAGAAGCGUGAAAAUAUUAAAGCUUCUUGCCUACAUUCUGGUUUUUGCUGUUGUAUUAGGCUCCGCUGUCGUCGCCAAAGGAACAUUACUCUUUAUCACAUCGCAACUCAAAAAAGGACGUCAAAUUACUCACUGUAACAGAGCCUUAGCUUUGGAUAGACAAUUUUUAACAGUUUUGACACUAGAAGAGCGAAUAACAUGGCUUUGGGCAGCGCUCAUAGUUUUUGCAGUUCCAGAACUAGGAGCGUUUAUGAGAUCAGUGCGAAUAUGUUUUUUCAAAACUGCAAAGAAGCCGACACCUGUGGUUUUCUUCGUGGCUUUCUUAAUAGAAACAUUACAGACCGUCGGUAUUGCCACACUUUUACUUAUCAUAUUACCUGAAUUGGAUGUUGUAAAGGGAACAAUGUUGAUGAAUGCUCUUUGUGUAAUACCUGGAAUUCUGAAUGCAUUCACGCGAGAUCCAUCCAACUCUCGGUACUAUAUCGUAAUCAUUUUGGAUGUAUUGUCUGUGUCUGCCCAAGUCACAGCGUUUGUUGUUUGGCCUCUAUUGGACGGUACCCCGAUUCUUUGGACUAUACCUAUGGCUUGCAUAUUUAUUUCUUUAGGCUGGUGGGAAAACUUUAUUGGGCAUAUCGAUAGACAUGUUGCAGUUAUAUUUUUAUACAUAUGUGAAAUACGCGAUGACCUAAAAAAGACUCGAUACUUUACACAAAGAAUACUUUCCAUAUGGAAAAUAGUUGUGUUUAUGAUUUGCAUUAUGAUCUCAAUGGAAAUUCAAGGAGACGAUUCAAAAACUUUCUUUUCUCAUGUUACCAAAGCCUUCGGAGUACGCGAAUAUUAUGUGCAUGAGGUGCAAGCUGUUCUCCAAAAUUCCGUUGAAGGCUUGGACCGUACUAUAAUUGCCGGCAGUUUCAUACUUCCAGCCUAUUGGGCUACGUCGUUGUGGGUCGCUCUUAUUCAAGUUGUCGCUGCCUAUGUCUGUUUUGGAGCUGCAAAAUUUGCAUGCAAGAUUCUGAUACAAAAGUUCAGUUUCACGUUUUCAUUAGGGCUCGUUGGGCCUGUCGCUGUCAAUUUGCUUAUUUAUUUCUGUGCAGCGAGAAAUGCUAAUCCAUGCGUUUUUCACGACACCAUUCCCGAUUAUUUGAGCUUCGUUAUUCCACCUGUGUACUUUUUAAAACAUUAUAUAAGUCGUGAAAUGACUUGGAUAUGGCUUCUCUGGCUUGCGUCCCAAGCGUGGAUAACGAUUCAUACCUGGACACCUCGAUGCGAACGGUUAGCGGCUACUGACAAGCUUUUUGCUAAACCCUGGUAUACGGGAGUGCUUAUUGACCAGUCGUUACUUUUGAACCGGACUAUGGAUGAAGAAACCGAUAUAUCUGUAGAGGAACUAAAAGAAUUAAAAGAAGAUGCUUCCAUAACAAGUUCAGUCGAUGAACCCAGAGAUGUCAAACCUUCAGACUGUAUAACUAGAAUUUACAUUUGCGCUACCAUGUGGCACGAGACGAAAGAGGAGAUGAUGGAAUUCUUGAAAUCAAUCUUUCGACUGGACGAAGAUCAGAGUGCACGUAGAGUCGCUCAGAAAUAUCUUGGUAUUAUCGAUCCGGACUAUUAUGAACUUGAAGCUAACAUAUAUUUGGAUGACGCGUUCGAAAUAUCGGAUCACAGCGCGGAAGAUUCUCAAGUCAAUCGUUUCGUGAGAACUUUAGUGGAAACUAUAGAUGAAGCAGCUUCCGAAGUGCAUUUGACAAAUGUAAGGCUUCGCCCACCGAAGAAAUAUCCCACUCCAUACGGAGGCAGGCUAGUGUGGACAUUGCCUGGAAAAAAUAAAAUGAUAUGCCAUUUGAAGGACAAGUCUAAGAUAAGACAUAAGAAAAGGUGGUCUCAGGUCAUGUACAUGUAUUAUUUACUCGGCCAUCGCUUAAUGGAUUUGCCACUGUCCGUGGACCGGAAAGAAGUGAUAGCAGAAAACACGUACCUACUUGCGUUGGACGGUGACAUAGAUUUCAAGCCGUGUGCGGCGACGCUGCUCGUUGAUUUGAUGAAAAAGGACAAAAAUUUGGGAGCAGCAUGCGGUCGAAUUCAUCCAGUCGGAUCUGGUUUCAUGGCGUGGUACCAAAUAUUUGAAUAUGCCAUCGGUCAUUGGCUACAAAAAUCAACUGAGCAUAUGAUUGGCUGCGUCCUUUGCAGUCCCGGGUGCUUCUCGCUUUUCAGGGGAAAAGCGCUUAUGGAUGAUAAUGUUAUGAGGAAAUACACCCUCACCGCGAGUGAGGCUCGACACUUCGUACAGUACGAUCAAGGUGAAGAUAGAUGGCUCUGCACUCUAUUACUCCAAAGGGGAUAUCGAGUAGAAUACUCAGCCGCCUCCGAUGCGUACACGCAUUGUCCUGAACGUUUUGAUGAAUUCUUCAACCAACGACGACGAUGGGUACCCUCCACUAUGGCGAACAUUCUAGAUCUGCUAACCGACGCUAAACAUACCGUCAGGGUCAAUGACAAUAUAUCUAUGCUGUAUAUCGCUUAUCAGAGUAUGUUAAUGUCAGGUACCAUUUUUGGGCCAGGAACGAUAUUCCUUAUGAUGAUUGGUGCUAUUAAUGCGAUUACGGGACUGAGUAACUUACAAGCAUUGAUUCUGAAUGCCGUGCCAGUAUUUUUAUUCAUCCUCGUGUGCAUGACAUGCAAAUCUGAUACUCAACUAAAACUGGCCAAUCUCAUAACAUGUCUUUACGCUAUGAUAAUGAUGAUUGUUAUAAUCGGUAUCGCACUGCAGAUAGUAGAGGAUGGAUGGUUAGCGCCAUCUAGUAUUUUCUUUGUGGCAACAUUCGGUAUUUUCUUUGUGACUGGCGCACUACAUCCACAAGAAAUAUCUUGUUUAUUAUACCUUGGAAUUUAUUAUAUUACAAUCCCUAGUAUGUACAUGUUGUUGAUCAUAUAUUCGCUAUGCAAUCUUAACAACGUCUCGUGGGGUACCCGAGAAGUAGCGCAGAAGAAGACAUUGAAGGAAUUAGAAAUGGAGAAGAAAGCAGCUGAGGAAGCCAAGAAAAAAAUGGACAAUCAAAGUGUAUUGCGCUGGUUCGGAAAAUCUGAAGAAACGACUGGUUCAUUAGAAUUCAGUAUAUCCGGUCUCUUCAAAAUUUUAUGUUGUACAAACCCGAAAGACCACAAAGAGGAUUUACAUUUGUUACAAAUUUCCAACACCCUUGAGAAGAUUGAAAAGAGAUUGGAUGCUUUAGGUGCUCCACCUGAAAUGGAUAAUCGUCCUCGACGCCGAUCUUCUAUGGUAAUUCGAAACGAUACGCUCUCUAUGUUACCAGAAUAUGCUGAUAGUGAAGACUCUGUUGAAAUACCUAGGGAAGAAAGAGAUGAUUUGAUUAAUCCGUAUUGGAUAGAAGAUCCAAACCUUCAGAAAGGUGAAGUGGACUUUUUGACAACAGCAGAGACGGAGUUCUGGAAAGAUCUCAUAGACGCUUAUUUGAGACCGAUUGAUGAAAAUAAAGAAGAAAAGGAACGGAUAACAACAGAGUUAAAGAAUCUGCGCGAUAACAUGGUGUUCGCAUUUCUGAUGCUCAACGCACUGUUCGUGCUCAUUAUAUUUAUACUCCAAUUAAACCAGAAUCAACUGCAUAUUAAAUGGCCUUUUGGACAGAAAGUGCAUAUAGAAUACCAUAGAGACCGAAAUCUAGUGGAAAUCGACCGUGAAUAUUUGAUGUUGGAGCCGAUAGGUUCUCUGUUGAUCAUUUUCUUCGGGUCGGUGAUGAUCAUACAGUUUCUGGGAAUGCUCUUGCAUCGACUGGGAACGCUCACUCACUUGCUGUCAACCGUGUCACUUAACUGGUACUUCACUAAGAGUCCCAAUGAUAUUCAAGGCGACGCUUUAUUCGAAAAACGAGCAGUGGAAAUCGCGAAAGACUUGCAGAAACUCAACGUGGAUGACUUGGAGAAGCGAGGAGUUGACGAUUCUACAGUGUCUAGACGGAAAACGCUUCACAAUCUCGAACGAGCCCGGGAUAAUAGACAUAGUGUUAUCAAUUUGGAUGCUAACUUCAAGCGGCGACUGACUAUACUGCAGAAUAAUGAUAAUUACACGCUGUCCCGUCUCCCGUCGCUGGGCGGGGACCCCACCACGCGGCGCGCCACGCUGCGCGCGCUGAUGACGCGGCGCGACUCAGUGCUGGCGGAGCGGCGCCGCUCGCAACUACAGCCGCGCGACUCACACUACAUGUACGACGAGCCGCUGCUUGACAUAAACAUGGUCGGUCGAGCUAGCAUGCCCUUCAACAAAGGCUACGAGCCGGCCCUCGACAGCGAAGAGGACACGCCCCUACCGCCCAGACGCAGUACUGUGAGAUUUCGGGAACGCGAGAGUUACAUGUGAUGACGAUACGGCAUUAUUUAUUGGUGGGAUCUGCUACGAAUUAAAGAUUUGAUAGGAAGUGUAAGAAGAAAAGAGAAUGGUGGCUUUGAGGCUAGGUCAGGAAGUAUAAGUGAGACAAAAUAUGUAAGAGAAAAACUUUAACAAUACCGCGGGAUUAGUUUCAUUCAUUUUCCGCAAAUACAUGAUUAACAUAUAGAUUUUUUUUAUAAAAUAUAUUAUAUCGUAAUAAAAUUUUCGAUAAGUCGUUAAUGGUGCAAAGAAUAAAAAAAAGGCAAAG